AUGAAACGAACAAAUGAUUUCAACGUAAUGACGGAGUUUGUAGCACAGAUUCCACAAGGAAGGAAUCGGUACAAGGAUGUUGGAUGCCUUGACUAUCAACGCGUCGUGCUGAACAUCGGUCCUGUAUCGUAUAUUCAUGCCAACUACGUUUCCACUCCAAUCAGCCCGAAACGCUUCAUAUGCACACAGAGUUCCAAGAAAUCGGCCCCAUAUGUGCCAAUAACGGCGGAGGAGAGCCCUUUGAAUUUUGAUGGUGUAACCGUAAAGUUUAAAAGACAAGAACAGGUACAUAAAAUGGACGUUGUUAAGACGCCAAUAAUCGUGCAUUGUUCCGCCGGUAUUGGACGUACUGGAUCAAUUGUUCUUAUUGAACAUGCCCUUGAAUUACUUGGAACUCACGAAACUCUUGGGGAAAUCCGAAGCUUACUACUGGCGCUUAGGAAGCAACGAAAUAAUUCGAUUCAGACUGAGCAUCAAUACCUCUACGUACAUCAAGUACUUCUCAUAUAUUUGAAGAAAAUGCGAUAUCUUGAUGAAAGCGUGAACCCGUACCUGGAACAAUUCACUGCAGAAUAUACAGCAGCAACAAGAGGAUUCUAG